GGGUGGGGGGCAACAGCGAGAGAAAGAGAGAGGGAGAGAGGAAUUCAGUCCUGUUUAAUUGGGAAUCCACAGCGCAGAGAGGAAAAAGGACGCAGACUGAGAAACCACCAACAACAAAAAGUGGAGACAGAUUGAUUUUACGCACCGGGAAAAAAGAGGGAAACAGUUGGAGAAAGGACAGAAAGAGAAGGAAGAACAGAGGAGGAGGAGAGGCUUCGGAUUUUAUUAUCUUUUACUUUAUAUUUGUCUUCUUUCACUCUCAUGACUCAAAAAGGAUUCCUGCUAAAUUCACCCGCUCGGGAGGAAUUGAUGGUGUCUUUUUGGGGAGCCGAAAGGAGGAAUCUGAAUGCGUUCGGCUGAACCAUGCCAGCCUUGUGGAUCAUAAGUUUGGCGAUCACUUUGAACCAAGUGUGCUGCGUUCGUUUCUCCCAGGAGCCCGCAGACCAGUCGGUGGUACUGGGAGAACGAGUGGUGCUGUCCUGUGUCGUCUUCAACUACAGCGGCAUUGUCCAGUGGACCAAAGACGGCCUGGCACUCGGCAUUGGAGAGGGCCUCCGAGCCUGGCCCAGGUAUCGUGUGCUGCGAGCUCUGGACAUCGGCCAGUACAAUCUAGAGAUCUCCAACGCCGAGCUCUCUGAUGAUUCUCUGUACGAGUGUCAGGCCACCGAGGCCGCCCUGCGCUCCAGGAGGGCCAAGCUCAAUGUGCUCAUCCCCCCUGAGGACCCGGUGGUGGAGGGAACCCCAGAGCUGCUGCUGAUGGCCGGAACUCCGUACAAUCUGACCUGCGUGACCCGCGGGGCGAAGCCUGCGGCGCACAUCCAGUGGACCAAGGAUGGAGGCGCCGUGGAGGGAGCCUACCAGUCCACGGAAGUGCUGUCAGACAGGAAACGAGUGACGACCAGGAGCUACCUGCCCAUCACUCCUGUUGACACCGACAGCGGCAGCAAUUUCACCUGCGUGGCUAGCAAUCCUGCAGUGCCGAUGGGCAAAAGAGCCACUGUCCAUCUCAACGUCCACCACCCUCCCACGGUGACCCUCUCCAUCGAACCUCGCUCCGUCCUGGAGGGAGAAAGAGUUACCUUCACCUGCCAGGCCACCGCCAACCCUCCAAUCAUGGGAUACAGGUGGGCCAAAGGUGGCGUCCUGCUGGAGGGAGCCAGAGAAAGUGUGUUUGUCACCACGGCAGAUCACUCCUUCUUCACCGAGCCGGUGUCCUGUCAGGUGUUCAACGCAGUGGGAAACACCAAUGUCAGCAUCCUGGUGGACGUACACUUCGGCCCGAUCCUGGUGGUGGAGCCUCGGCCGGUCACCGUGGACGUGGAUGCGGACGUGACUCUGAACUGCAAGUGGUCUGGAAACCCUCCCCUUACCCUCACCUGGACCAAAAAGGGCUCCAACAUGGUGCUGAGCAACAACAACCAGCUGUACUUGAAGUCGGUGAGUCAGGCUGAUGCAGGCCAGUACGUCUGCAAGGCCAUCGUGCCCCGAAUCGGAGUCGGAGAAACUGAGGUCACACUGACUGUGAACGGCCCUCCCAUCAUCUCCAGCGAUCCAGUCCAGUACGCCGUCAGAGGGGAGAGAGGAGAGAUCAAGUGCUACAUCGCCAGCACCCCCCCACCCGAUAAGAUUGUUUGGGCCUGGAAGGAGAAUGUCUGGGAGAAGGAGAAAGGCACCCUGAUGGAGAGGUACACCGUGGAGCAGAGCAAACCUCCGUCGCAGGGCGGGGCAGUGCUCUCCACCCUCACUAUCAACAACGUCAUGGAGUCUGACUUCCACUCGCCGUACAACUGCACCGCCUGGAACUCCUUUGGACCCGGAACCAUGAUCAUCACGCUGGAGGAGAAAGAUAUUGUUCCGGUGGGAAUUAUCGCCGGUGGUACAGUGGGCUCCUCCAUUCUGCUGCUUAUGUUUCUACUGGCGCUCGCCUUCUUCCUCUACCGCCAACGCAAAGGCAGUCGCCGGGGUGUCACCCUCGGUAAGCCAGACAUCAAGGUAGAAACAGUCAACAAAGACACCCACAGCCUGGAGGAGGAGGCGGCCAAUGUCUCCACGGCAACUCGUAUGGUCAAGGCCAUGUACUCCUUUCUGCCCUCUGUUUCCCUCUCUCCCUCCACUCAGCCAUUCAAAGACGACAUGGACCUGAAGCAGGACAUCAGGAGCGAGAGCGACACCCGCGAGGAGUACGAGCUCAAGGAUCCAACCAACGGCUACUACAAUGUCCGAGCCACCACCCACGAAGAGGCGCGCCCCCAGUCCCGCAUCAUCCACUACCAGGGGGAGUUCCGCUCUCCGAACCUCAACAGCGGACCGGCCGGAGCCACAUCCAGUGGACCUCCAGCUGCUGCCAGCGGUGCUGUCCCCCCCAGCCAAGUGCCGGGCUCCAGAGCGGGCUGCUACGACCCCCGCCCGCCUUCCAGGAUGUCGCAUGCCACCUAUGCCCAGUUCAACACCUUCACCAGGGCAGCACAGAGCCAACAAGCGCCUCCUAAUCCUGCCCUCCAGUCACCCGGAGAUUACCCCGGAGACUGUGGCCUGCUGGACGGAACAACUCAACUGGCUUAUGACAACUACGGAUACCCUUCCCAGUAUCCCACCUACCCCAGAAUGGGCUUUGCUCCACCCAUAGAGGAAGGGCCAUCGUAUGAGAUGUACCCAACAGGACAAGGGAUCGGGCCUGGGCCAGGACCCGGUCCAGGACCAGGACCCGGACCAGGACCAGGACAGCAAAGUCCUGAAACAGGGCUGGGGAAGUACGGAAGCUCUACUCGCUUUUCAUAUUCAUCUCCACCUUCUGACUAUUCCAGCAGACACACACAACGGAUGCAGACUCAUGUGUGAGAAACAUACCGAUACAUAAACACAAAAAUACUUUGGAAAAAGCUAAAAAAAAAAAUCUCACCUUUGUAUACAUAAGCAGGAAUCCUUUUUCCAUAGCUUCCACUGCAUGGAAUUUCAGUUCAUUUCUCGCCCAGCAGUUACGAGCAUCACAUGUAAUACAGUUAGCAACAGCGAGAGCCACAAUCAAGAGGAAAAAACAGUUGAGCACUUUGAAUGCAGGAAGAAGAGGAGCUCAAGGAGGCACAGAGGAAGUUUUCUCCACCUGAAGUCCUCAUCUUGCUGUCAGAUCAUCUCCCUGCAUUGCGUGGUCCUCCCACCUCAUCUCUGUAAAUAAGCCCAUAUGGAGAUUUGGGUCAUAUUAAAGUUAUUUCCUUGUACAAAGAAUGCAAUGCAGUACGGUGAGCUACAGAAAAGCUCUGUUAGCCACACUUUUUUGCAUUUUCUGACUCUCACAUAUUGCAAAACACACACAAAUCUUUGAAAACGUAUUUGUUUCUGUGUGUUGCAGCAACGGGGCAGCUUGGACUAUGAAUAUAUCUGGCACUUUUUUGAUGCUUCUAUUUCCUCAAGAAAAUUCGCCCAAUGGCCAUUUCUUACAAGAUCUACCUUGAUUUAAGUGGGACAAAGCUUCUUAAGGUGGUGCAGUGACUGAACCGGAGUGCCAAUGCUUAUGUGCCAACACACACAAACUAUUGUGUCUUCUUUUGUAAAGCGUGGACAAUGAGGUGCUCUGGACGACAAGAUUUUUGUACAUGCCACACCUAAAGCGGAAAGGAGCGGUAGCAAGCAUCUCUGUGCUCCUUUUCCGCCUCCUCGUUUUCCCAUUUUUAUCAUCAUGAUGCAUUUCUAUACUUCAUAUUUCACUCGAUGCUAAAAACGACAAAAAAAAAAGAUAUUUGUGAAACGAGGUGCGGUGGGAGCGCUUUUUUUCAUCCUGGCAAAAUUCUCUGCAAUUUGUACAAAAAGGUACCUCCCCUACCCUGAAGUGUCAAAAAAAAGUAUUUGUUUCUCUCACUUGCACAGUAGAAUAGAUUUUUCUUUCCAUAUUUAUACGGAAACGUAUGAAGAACAUGGCAUUCAGAAGCAUUUUAUAAUAUUUUUAUAAGGAGUUGUGGACCAAAGGUUCAGCGUUUUGAGGUGACACUUUUAACGUGUAUGUGGCUACAUGAUCGUUGCUAGAAACCUUUUGAAAAAAGAGACGGAUGGUGUUUUUAAAAGUGGAUGUUGAAUUAGAAAACUUGAAGAGCUUCACUCCAAAAUGAUGAAUAUCCAGCACGAGCGAGUGUUUCCCUUUUGAUGGAUGUCUUUGUUUGGCAUGAAACUCUUUCUUUAACUUCCAGUCUUGUGACUGGACUGCCUUUCUCUGAAACGUUGACGACAUUCGAAGUGAUGGAUGGAGAACAAGCAGCUGCUCCCUUUGAGCUGCACUGCAAACUUUGUAAGCAAUGGGAACGUUCAAAUGUGGUCUAACAUAUCAAACGCGAAGGUACAGAGGGUUCUAUCUAGCUCAUAUGGUACUUUGUACUACAUUUACAGUGUGUGUAACGUGUGACGGUUUCCUCACUGCGAUAGGAAAUAUUUUGGUGGUAUUUUGUGUCCGAGAUUUUUCCAUUUUGUUGUGUCAGCUUUUGGUGCGUGUGAUUGGCUUUUAACUCCACAGGUUUGUAAUGAUGCGCAUUUAAAAGUCUGCUUCUCUUAAACCAAAUCGGUGAAGAGCAGUGGAAGUCAUUUAUUUUUGCACACUGACAUCUCAUAAACUUCACCUUUCACGGUGACAAUCAUUUUGUUGAUUUGACUGCAAAGCAGCAGCGUCGAUCUUUACUAUAUCCUGACCUUGAAGUUGUAAGGUUCGACUUCUAAUCCAGCUUUUUUCCCCCUUUUUAUUUCUUAAGGAAGACAAUAAAUGUUUUUUGCAUCCGCUUUUACCUUUUUUUAAGGGACAGUCAAAGUUAAGAGCAACAGAAAGCAAUAGUCACCCGCUUGUAUCUUUACACGUUCAAGCAGUUAAAAACGAGAGCAGAUGACGACAACGCUUUAAAUAAAACCUGCAGGCUGCAAAAAACUGAAACCAGAAAUCUCUGCGCCUCCGGAGGUAAUCAUCGAGCAUUCGCACUUAUCAGCCACCCUAUCAACCCCUCACGAUAUAUUAUGGUAAUUGCGUGCAAAGGAGCAGUAAAAAGGAAAAAAAACAGUAUUUAUAGCUACUGUUUAGAAUAAACAGUGAGAAAGGAAACCACAAGCUGCGCUGAUUCCAUAUAUCAGAUGGAACCUCGUAGCUCCAAGGUCACUAUAUAAAGUGUUUCAGUGGUUAUGGAGGAAAGAAUGGCAGAUGGAGCACCCUUUUAAAUUUAUAUGGUUAUCACAGCCUUGGUAUUGCAUUCUAUUACCUCUUUACAACCUUUUUUACAGAGUUGUAGCUGCGCAGUAUUUUGCAUCUGACUUGCAAUGUCGUUAUGACCUUGUGUAGAAGGAGUAAAUUUGACACACAGGAGGUACUGAGGCCACAAAAACAACCCCACAUUGUCGGGCCACCCAGGCACUUAGUCAGUACCUCUUAAGUAUUUGUUGACAGUGGGGACGCAUAAAUAUGUAAAAGACACCACAGAUGCCAAAAAAAAAAACUGUGCUAGAUUUGGUUCCACAGUGAAAAAUUUGUGAUUUGGAAGGAAAUCUGAAGGAAUCUUUCUUUUUCCACCUUAUUUCCAUCUCCACAAUGUGUGCUGAUGCUCCUUUGCUCUCUCUUGUGACACAUUAUUACCGGUUUGCAAAUUUAAAGGUCGAAUCUGUAUCUUCAAGAUUAAAAAAAAAGUCUUUUUUGAACUUUCCUUCAAGAUUACAACACGUGGGGCUUGCAGGUGCAUCUAACUUGCAUAAACGCAUCUAUGUUGAGGGGCUGGUUGUCUUUUUUCAGACAAUAUAUUAUCUUCACAGGCCUCUGACAUCCAUUUAGGUUAUUUAUGACAUAAUCUUUUCUUCUUUAUUUUAAGUAAAUCAGUAUUUUAAAUCUUAUUUUCUUUGCAUUGCUUCAACAGUGGAAGAAGCGUGCAAAAGUGUGUGUUUCAACUUUUGAAGACAUGUUUUAUUUUGUAUGCUUCUGGGGGUUCUAAUUAAUCAAAAAGUAUAUUAAAAAAGAAAAAGAGAGAGAGGGGGCAUCUGUGGCCAGAAAAAACGACAGCGCAGCCAGGCCACAAAUAGCCAAAACUUCGUCUCAACUAGGCCAACCCAGGCUAGAAGCAGGCCAGACCCGCAGCUAAACGCCCUGUUCCAUGCUGUGCUGUGCUGUGCUGUGCCAUGCGAUCUCCGGCCAACUGAAGCGACUCGGUGUCCAUUUUUACCUUUCAGAGUUAGUCGGUGGGUGCUAAAAGACUGAGCAAAAAAAAAAGCUUCCCCUCAUAAAAAGAGAACUGAGCAGACCAAGAAAUGCAGCAGCCAUUUGUGUCCGUUGUGUUUCUUUGUGUCCAUACUAACACAUGUACUGGAUGCAUCCAUCUGUGAAUGUGCAUGUGUGUGUGUGUGUCUGUUGACAACAUGCAACCCAAAUGUGUUUUCAUGCUUCUGGAAAUGUGUUGGGACCGCUGGCUUGCCGAAAGUUGGGUUUGACUGAUGUUUUCAGUAAAUGUCACGUUGUCACCUGCUGGUAUGAUGGAGGUGACUCCUGACCGCAGUUUAAAAAAAAAAAAGAGAGAGAACUAUAUGGUUUUGAAUUAGAUUUUCUUUACAAAUUGUGUAUUUUAGAAUUUGAUUAUCCUUUCUGUGCAGAUACAAUUGAUUUAAAUGUAGUAUUGUCCACUGAUCGUGGCUCAAAAUUAGAAAUUCUUAGUAUGAAACCUCAUUUUUAGGAUGCUUCUUCAGAGUCAAUGUGCUUUAACCUUUUGAAUCUCAUGCAGUUUAUGCUGUUUUUGCUCUUGCUCUUGUCACCUUUUUACUAAAAGUUUACUAAAAGUAGAGAGAGCUCAAAUAUGUCUUCUAUGCAGUAAAACAAAACGAUAAAAUCAUAAAUCAUAACGACGACAAAACGAAAGUUCAUUUUUUAAAAAGUUAUUUACAUGAUAAAAGUUGAAAAAAAUGAAAAGUGGACUCAGCAUGUACAACAUUCUUCCAAGUGUCCAAAAAUAUUGCAUUUAAUUAUCUAGUAUAGAUAUUUUACUGUUUCAUUUUUAAUUUGUUUCACUAUUUUCCAGCUAUUUACUUUGUGUAAACACAGCCUGCAGUUCAGCUGACAGGUCCCUGAAUUUUAGCUAUGUGACUGUCGGUUGCAGCUGAGUCACUAAGGGCUUCCCAGAUGUCUGGACUAGCACAGAUUUAUUUUAUUUUUUUUACUUUUUUUUUUUUUACAGAAUCUGGUUACUGCAGGAAUGUAUUUUUUGAGAAUUUUUAAAUGAGACAUGUAUAUUAAAAUGAAAUUGACAAAAUGCAACAAUUUUAAGCCUAAAUUUGGUUGAUUUUCCAAACACAACAACUUAGAACACAUAAUGCACUCCAGUAUUGUUGGAACGCUAAAAAUCCAACAAUUUUUUAUUUUAUUUUUUAUUUUUUGUAAUUUCUUGCUCUGAUAAAUGGUAGAAUUUUGGCUAUUUUUCAAACAUAACUUGCCUCUCAAAUUCACAAGCAAGUUUUUGGGUUCAAAGAGGUUAAUUCUACAUUUAUGUAGAAAUAUUAAUAUAUAUUAAAUAUUUAAUUUAACCUUUAUUUAACCAGGUAAAAGAAAAAACCCACUGAGAUCAAGAUCUCUUUCACAAGGGUGACCUGGCCAAGAGGUCAUAGUAAAUACAUAAAAAACAGUAUAAAACAUAACAACAAUUUAAAAAUGCAUUUUUGUGAAUGAAAAAUCGCAGUAAAGGACAGAAGAUUAUCAAAUAUACAUAACUAUUCAGAAACACAGGCACUGCUUAAUGGUUUCAUGCUGUUUGUCCAUUAGCAAGGACCGGAAAGCUCCAAGUGAGAUGAGCUCUGAGAGCUUCAGUUCAGUCUAUACAGAGUUCCACGCUGUUGGAGCAGCAAAACUGAACGCUUUCUUCCCCAGUUCAGUUCUUACACGAGGAACAGAAAGAUGAAAUCAUCAUAAUAUUUGCCUUUAUAGUAGCUUUAAACUUUACAAGCAGAUUUAAAUGUGUCAGAAACAGUCCUAUAAUCACAGUUUUUUGCUUUUGAAGGAAAUGACAUUACACUUGUUGGUUAGGACGAAAUGAAGCAGCUUCCAAACAGAUAUUGGCCGCUAUUGAAACAGAAUACUAAAACCUUCAGAGCUAAGCAACCGUGAUUACCCCGGCUGUAGGAAGAGCAAUACUCAGCAUCCAAAGAAGUGACUUUUCUGUCUUUCAGAAACAAAAGGAAAACAGUGCAAGUUGCUCAACUGCUCUAACUUCAGCCGAGGGUAGUUUAAAAGCUUAAUAUCUACAGUAGCAGCCUAAUACAGCAUUACUUCCAAAGUCAAAGCGUUUUGUGGAGCUACAGGUUAUGCUAAGAAACAGAAGGUUAGCAAAACGUUAAUGGCUCCUUCCUGCUCUUUCCUGGGUUUUAGGACAUCUGCGCUUCAGCAACCUGAGCUAAAGUCUCGUCUACCUCCGUCUGAAGUGUCAAAAGUUGCCCCUGACACCAUUUAAAGUUGCCCCGUUAGAGGAGGAGGAGUCCAACAAACUUGGCUGCUAAAAAAAUCUGAAGGUUUAAAACUCUAAACUGCUAAAACGGUGCGCACCAUUACAGUACUGUGUCUAUCUCGUUUUCCCACAAUACUUUAAAGAUUAGGAGGGAAUAAGGAGGGCUACAUGUGGCAUUUUGGAGUAACUUUCCAAAACCAUACAUCAGUCAAACCCGAGCAGGAAGCAGGACAGCUGGUGAGACAGAGUGAAGGAACGUCGCAGGGCCUCAGGUCACGACUAAAUCCAGCUGCUGAGCCGGAACAGCUGCACGAGUGAACAAGAUCAACUGAUUGUUCUGAGCAUAUAAUGACAACAAUCAGUACAUGAGUGAAGGAAUCCAUAUUGCACUUAAAAGAAAAGUGGGGCCGUGCAUCACAACAAAGAGAGGAUCAGUGUGUGUGUUCGAAUAAGCAUAUAUAUUCUCCAUUUAAUUCCUUAUUUUUAUCUCUAUAUAUUGUUCACGUGUGUUAUGUUCUUGCUGGGUUCCUUUUUGUUCGUGGCAAAAAAAAAUGUACAAAACAUGCAAGAUAUUACUGAAAUUUUUCUCUCUUUUGUUCCUGUUUUUUUGGUUUAUUUCCUUUGGCUUUUUUUCAAAUUCUAUGUAAUUAUUUUUUCACAGUGUUAGAGACAAUAAAAGAAGACACGGUUUCAUAAGAA